AAACAAUCCUUCAUUAAAAAAAAAAAAUCGAAUUUUAAGGAGAUAUGGGUGUUGAUCGAUCAAUACUAUGCUCUUACUUCAUGGUCUUGAUAAUCUUCAGCUAUCGUCCCGUCUCCGUCAAAGGUCAGUUUUUAUCGGCAAGUUUCUAUUCCAAGGCGUGCCCUCUUGCAGAAUCGAUCGUCCAAGCAACCAUGAGAGCUACUUUCCUUUUACAACCAAGCAUCGCACCGGCCAUGCUAAAACUGCUCUAUGUUGACUGUUUCGUCCAAGGUUGUGAUGCCUCGGUGCUUAUCUCGGGACCUAACACCGAAAAAAUCGCAGAUGUAAACCUCAACCUUCGUGGGUUCGAAGUCAUUGAUGAGAUCAAAAAUCAAAUUGAGUCCGUUUGUCCUGGUGUUGUCUCGUGUGCCGACAUUUUAGCUUUAGCCGCUCGUGAAGCCGUUGUCCUCACGAAGGGACCGUACUGGGAAGUAAAACUAGGACGUAAAGAUGGAAAAGUUUCAUUGGCAGCCAAUGUCAAAAGUCUCCCGUCUCAGACUGACAUCACCGAGGCGCUCAUGAUAUUUGCUACUCACGGGCUUAACACUGAAGAUUUCGUUGCUCUCAUAGGAGCACACACAAUUGGAACUGCUGCUUGCACGUCAAUCAGGGAUAGGAUAGUAAGCAUCAACGGAAGCUUCAUUAAUUUGGGCAUCAACCCUAUACUCUUGCCGAUGCUGCAGCAGUCAUGUCCUAAAGGCGGGACUGGUUUGAGCCGCGUGGCUCUAGACAUCGGAAGUGAACUCGUCUUCGACACCUCCAUUUUCAAGAACAUACUCAAUGGAAGUGCAGUCCUCAAGACUGAUCAGGGCCUUGUGAAUAUUCCGACCAUUUACCGUAUGUUGCAGCAAUUCGUAACUACACAGAGGUUCAAGACGGUAUUUCAGAGGGCAAUGGUUAAAUUGAGUGAAAUCGAGGUGAAGACAGGGUUAAAUGGAGAGAUUCGACGAAAUUGUUCCAGGGUUAAUUAAUUAAACCUUUGAUUAAUCAGUGAUUGUGUUGUGUGGUGAUAAAAUUAGUAAUGUGGGUGGAACCUUGAAAGGAUGGAUCCUAAUGUAAAUCUCUUUCCUUUCUAAAAACUGUAAUCCCUUUGCUUUUCACAUUAUAUAUGAGUUUUUGUUACCU